AUGACUUCACGCCCGCCCUCGCCGUCUGCGUGUCCAGCCACCGAGCCCUCGACCACCAGCACCCUCGCCGCCAGCACAUCUCGAGCCAGUCUUCGAGAGCCCGCCACGAUUGCGUCCUCGAGCCCCGUCGUCGAUGCACGCCUCCACCGGCCGAAUCCCGUCUCCCGCCCGCCCGAGUCCUCGCCCAAGGCUGCUCGACCCCGCCCACGCUCCGUCCUGACCUCGAACAAGUCGUCCAGCGCCGUCCCGACUCUGUCGACCAUCAACCCGCUGUCGCCCAAGAUGACCACCUCGCACACCACCGGCGCCACCUCGGGCGCGGCUGAUCUGCUGCGCCAGGCCAUGAUGCAGAGAGGGGCCCCCGAAGACGAAGGCCCCGACUCGACCAGUUCCACGCCGCCCGGCGCCAUGACGCCGCGCCCCGACCCGACCGACAAGCGACUGCCGGGUAUUCUGCACAGUUACUUUGGUCAGGUUCGUGAUUCCUUCAUGCCCCGAAGAACGUCCUCUGCGAUGCCCUCCUCCCUCACCUCUGCUUCUUCCGCUGCUGCACAAGGCUCAGAGCUUUCUGAAAAGGAAAAGGAGAAGGAGCCCGACAACGCCGGGCUGCGCUCCACCAUGCUGCCCAGCCCCCCUCCCAGCACCACUUCUCGAGCCCCCUCAGCCUCUCAGUUGAAUGGUGAAGCAGAGAAGCUAACAGGCGACUUUGCGCCGCAGGGUCAGGCCACUCCUCCCCAGACUCCCCGAACACGAUCACAGGAAGGCAAGUCCAAGCCAUCGAGCCUGUCACGGACGUCGCUCGUCUCGAACACGUCGACCGCGUCGAAAGAGAACAAGGAAGAGCCUGUCGUAAGCACACCAAAGGGCAAGCUUGCAGUCACCAUAUCAGAGGGACGGGGUCUGCGUCCCAGCGUGGAUCCAUACGUCGUGUGCCAGUUCCAGUGGGCAGAGUACAUCUCAGACGGGCCAAGACAUGAUCCUACCAAGAAAGGCCGUCCUACGGCAAUGCAGAUGAGGCGGACAGAGAGCGAGAUGGGCAGGCCCAUGGCCAUCCCAAUGAAGAGCCGGCAGAGCAGCCACAGCGGUAACAGCUCCGAUCCAAAAGAGGACACUUCGGAAGAUGUCACGAGCCCCAAGUGGGAGCACGAGGCAAUAUUUGAUGUUGUCGGAGACCACGCCGAGAUCGACAUUUCCGUUUACGACCGCUCAAACGGCGAGGCUUUCCUCGGCCAUGUUCGGUUCUGCCCCAACCUCGUCGAAUACGAGCACCCGUACGAUGGCUGGUUCCACCUCGAGCCCCGAGACGGCGAGGGAGGCCAAGUGACCGGAGAGGUACAUCUCAAGCUCAACUUCCACAAGACUGAUAAGAAGCACUUUGGCCCGGAAGACUUUGAGAUUCUCAAACUCAUUGGAAAGGGUACAUUCGGGCAGGUCUUCCAGGUCCGCAAACGGGAUACCCGCCGAAUCUACGCCAUGAAGGUCCUCUCGAAGAAGGUCAUCGUGCAAAAGAAAGAGGUAGCACAUACUCUCGGAGAACGUAACAUCCUUGUUCGGACAGCCAUGGCCGACUCUCAUUUCAUUGUGGGAUUGAAGUUUUCUUUCCAAACACCGUCUGAUCUCUAUCUCGUGACAGAUUACAUGUCUGGAGGUGAGCUGUUCUGGCAUUUGCAAAGAGAAGGUCGUUUCCAAGAAGCUCGCGCAAAGUUCUACAUCGCAGAGCUUAUCCUGGCACUGCAACACCUCCAUGACCACGAUAUCGUGUACCGGGACUUGAAGCCGGAGAACAUCCUUCUGGACGCCAACGGUCACAUUGCUCUCUGUGAUUUUGGUCUGUCCAAAGCCAACCUCACUGAGAAUGCAACCACGAACACUUUCUGUGGCACAACCGAGUACUUGGCACCUGAGGUUUUGCUAGACGAGCAAGGCUACACCAAGAUGGUCGAUUUCUGGUCGCUCGGUGUGUUGGUGUUUGAGAUGUGCUGUGGUUGGAGUCCCUUCUAUGCGGAGGACACUCAACAGAUGUACAAGAAUAUCGCAUUCGGCAAGGUCAGAUUCCCUCGAGAUGCCCUGAGUACUGAGGGUCGCAAUUUCGUCAAAGGUCUUCUGAACCGAAACCCAAAGCACCGACUUGGUGCAACACGAGAUGCGGAGGAGCUGAAGGCUCACCCGUUCUUUGCUGACAUUGACUGGGUGGCUCUGGCAAAGAAGAACGUAGUCCCACCCUUCAAGCCCAAGCUUAAGGGAGAGCUGGACGUGUCUAACUUCGACCCCGAGUUUACGAAUGCUUUGAACGGCAACGGCUCAUUGAAUGCCCGUGCUGCCGCGUUGUCAUCAGGUAUCAAUCCGGCAUCAACGCCAUUAUCGCCGACUAUGCAAGCCAACUUCAAGGGAUUCACGUUCACCGAUCAAAGUACGCUGGAUCAACAAUUCGCUCACAGCCAUCGGGAGGAUCUGGAGCGGAUGGACGAGGACGAAAAGGAUGAUGUCGAUUGGGACAAGCCGGCAGGACGCGGAGAUAGAAUGUCUGGCGUCAUUCCCAGCAAUGACCAUGACAUCUUCAACCACGGCAACUUCGACGUCUAA